GACAUGUCAGUAUUUACUGAAUAUAAUCUAACAAAAUAGUCAAAUCUUUAAAUAUAUAGAAUUUUAUAGAUAUAAAAGAGCAAACUAAACCAUUUCUGUACACAACCCCAUACUCCUAAGUUGGUACAGUCCAGCUUCGCGCCUCUAGCUUCGCGCCUCAAAUUUGGAUUGCAGGAUUAGUAAUAUUUUGGGGUCCGGGAUACAGUGGUAGAGUGUGAAGAAAUUAAGGUACGCUAUGGAGAAACUGGACGAAAUAACAAUUGCCACCCUGAAAGAAGCAAAUGUUGGAGAAGACCUGCUCUCAUCACUUUCACGAGAUGACAUCAAAGAUCUGUUUCCUGGUCCUGAACAUUUCCUCAGGCGUCGGGCACUAUGGCUUGCAGUGCACAAAUGUGAAGAAAACAAGACUGCUGCUGAAAAAACGCUAACAACUACUGGAGAUGGUGACUUCUCCAGAGAGGAACCCAGCACUUCUAGGUUUGUGACUAUGUCCAACCCAGAGUACAUAGUCUUCACAGACAGUGAACUUGAGCAAGCUCGACAUUCCUACUUUGAAAAGAAGCGGCUGGGGACAGAGUGUGCUGAACCUUUGUCAAAGGAACUCUUUUGUCGACUCGUAAGAAACACCAUGACAAACAUGAUUUCGAUAGCAAGAGCAGCUGAGGACUCCAGAUACCCCAGCAAACAUGAGGUUGAUGCCAUGGCAAAGCGAUUAAUGGAGUACUACCCAAUGCUUAAAGAAACGUGUGGUGAGUGGGAGCAUGUUGCUAAAAAGCUAAUGAAGAGACUCUCCAAUGUCAAAAGUCCAAGGAAGGGCAAAAAACCUCCUGCGAAGAAGCCAAGAAAGGAUGGGAAUGAAAGCGUUGCAAAAAGUGACAGCAGUGGAGAGUCCAGUGCAUCAACUAUUAUUCUAGAUAAAUCACCAGUUAGAUCGAUGGGCACCCCAGUGCACCACCAGGAUGGCAGUGAUGAAGAAUCUGGUUCAGCUGACUUCUUUGACAGCCACAAAACCCAGGCAAGACACUACAAGACACUUCAAGAAAUGUACAAGACCAAAAAACCGAACAAAGCUGCUGUUACCCAACUGCUGAACCUGGAGUUUGAGUCUAGAAGACAAUUCAUUAUUUCUGAUGCUAUAAAGGAGCAGGACAGAGCAGUGAAGAUACUAGAGGCAUAUCCUUGUUUCAGAGAACUGGAUCAUGUCCUUGAUGAGCUGCGGAGAAUUAUUCAACCAUCCAACUUGAAAUACAUUUCUGAGAUGAAGGAUAGAUGGGAAAUCUUCUACUCGAAGGUGCAGUUUUAUGGUGUCAUGAAGAAAGUUAUGAAGCUGCCAAAAACUUUGGAUGGAGUGGAACAUGCAGCAGCUGUGUUCAGAGCCCUUCCCAUGCUUUUCCCUUCCAGCACAGUACCACCUAAGAAGCUGGGCAUCUGUAGUGAGGCUUUUUUCCAUGUCCUAAAGACUUCAGAAGACCCCGAAGGCUACCUGCGUCAGCGACCCCUGGCUUGUCCAGUUCUGCUUGUCUCUGAAGGCAACUGCAUGAUAGCUGUUGGAACCACACCGGUGAGCACUUUUGACCGGAAGGAUCUUAAUGAGGGACUGCUCUAUCUGAUGGCAUAUUACUAUGCCCUCCACCUCACAUAUCCAAAGUGCAUUUCCACGCUGCUGUCUGUCUUGCAAACUGAAAUACUCAAAGACUCCAUCCAUGACCGAGAUUCAACCCCCUCUUACAGGAAGGCGCUUGGUGAGUGGAAGUCAUUCAUUGAGUGAGUCUCUCAGAUGACAGACUCCGUCUGCCUUGUUUAUCAGACUCAGUGUUAGUCAGUGAGGUUGGGUUUUUUUUUCUCUAGAAAAGUUGUUCAAAUGUAAAACACAUGUUUGUUUGUGUGGUCGUUAAACUUGUUCUUCUAAAAUGUUAUGUAAUAUAGGAUUUGAAAUAGUGAUUGUUUUAAGCUUCAGCAAAAUUUAUUUUUGAUACCAGCCAUGAGUGUGUUAUACUGUUAUUAUUCAUGUUAAGAGUACCUGGAAUAUGCACUUCUUAUAUUGGCCAUGUUACACAGUACCCUGCUGAAAUGUAGGUAAUUUUAGACAUGAUUCUCCUGGAACAAACCUCAGUGAGUUACUGACCCAUUGCUGUGUCAAUAAAAGUGCAAAAACUAAGAGUGCUUUUGCUGUCUUAAUUUAAGAUGAAUUCCCUUAUUUUUAGUAGCUUUUUGAAGAGAUGGUGUCUUAUUCUCAGGAAUUUUUGCUGAUUAUUGUUCUCAGAGUCGAAACAUAAUUCUUAUAGUUAGCUCAAUCAAGAAAGAAACAAUUC